AUGGACAAUCUUCAAGCGCUGGAUUUAGUGCAGCCCACUAGGAGGUUCCUGACAGAAAAAGCGGAUGACCUCAUGUGCCUGCUGGGACUUGACGACCCCUGUGGCUUCCCCUGCUUUCUGCCAGGAACACGCCCAGACCGCCCGGCAGAAUCCAGAAAGUUCCGGGCUACAACAAUAUCGAGCAAAGACAUAUCGUCAACCUGCAUAAAUGCUCUGUGUGGCCCGAGGAGCCUUGAACCUCAAAGCGCCAUGGCGAACUUGAGAAGCGGCAGGCUGCUUACCUGCUUUUACUGCGGGAAGCGCUCAUCAACGCGAUACGAUGGCCUGAUUCGAGAGUUCCUGUGCCUGAAAUGCGACGCAACCAACUACUUGGACGAGCGCGGAGACAUCACCGACCCUCCCGUAGCCAAGACAACCUCGACGCCUGCUGCGACGACGUAUGCGAUACCACGAUCUCAGUCUCCCGACUUUAGCAGCCCAUCACAGAGCAUCUUCUGUGCGACAUGUCUCAAGAACCAGCAUUUGUUCACCAGCUCCCUGGCACAAUACCUACCCGAAGACCCAGAUCACCCCGACUAUGUCGAGCUCGAGAGGAACAUGUACAAAUUUCGCCGCCGACUCGAACAGCGAUACCCCCAAAUUUGCGCCCAAUGCGAACCCAAAGUCCAAGCUCAGUUGGAUCAAGCUGGCUAUACGGCGCGGACCGACCACUUGCGACGCAUGAUGGAUAGGAGCAGGAAGGUCCGGGUCGCUCCAAAACAAUUGACGUCGCUGGAUAUCGCGGCCAAGGUGGGCAAGUGGCUCUGGUUUGUGGGAAUCUCUUGUCAAUACCUGUGGCAUGUCGCGUCGUUGUCUGUUGUCUUUGCGGUGGACCAGAACGAGGGACCACUGCGCGAUCCCGAUGCCGAAACAACAAUGGCUCAAAGGCUGUCGCUCGCUCUCACACUGCUUCUCCCUCACCCUGAGAGGUUGAUAUACUGGAGUCUAUGGGCAAAUGCUGUGAGCAUCUGGUGGAAUCCAAAAUUUGUCCAGGUCUUCCGCGGUUUCUCUCGCCAUAUCCUAGGUCUGUCGCACUGGUAUACCUUUCAGGGGCUCAUCAUCUUCACGAGAUUUCUGGCCAUGAGAAUGACCGAACUGAAAGGCGGUCGAUCGGCCGAAGGGAGCGCCCAGAUGAGCCUUCAUGGACUGAUGGCUCUAUUGAUGUUGGCUAUAUACAUACUCGCCCAACGAUCUGUACACGUCGACAUGACACCACUAUUCCAAAACACCGGAACACCUGCUGCGUCACCACCGAGACCGCAACAAGCGCAAGCUCGAGAGGAUGACAACAAGAACAUGGCUAAUCUCCUCGACGACAUCCUGGCCGAGUCCAGCCCGAGGCCCGGGAUUCCUCCGAGUCCAACGAGUGUUGGCUCAGCUUCACCAGCACUCUUCCAGCGGGAACUGCAGCACCGAUCGAGCAACCGAAACAUUGGCAUUAAUACUCCUCAUAAGCUACCACAGCCCCAGUAUUCGGAGGAAAUGGACUGGUCCCCGACUCAGUCCAAACACCGAGCCUUUAACGACUUUGGACCUCCGAAGGCCCCGAACCAGGUAUUUGGGCAACCAGAUCCAGGCCCGAACUCGAGCCCGUUCUGGUACAAGGUUCCUCCCGCGCCGAUAACACCGGCGCAGAAGCUUCGCAACGGUCCCAAAGUGUUGACGAAACCGGUGGAGAAAAAAUCCAUCUUCUCAACCGGCAGGACGGAUGCGUCUCAAGCGCGGGGCGAAGACGCGAACGGCGACGCGGGCAGGGUGGCAUUCGCGCAGCCCACGUUCUUCGCGCCCUCGGCAUCGAACCCCAGCGAUCCACGCAGCUCCCUGGCCGAUCUACUCAAUUCGAGUUUCACGCUGAGCCUAGACGACGACGACGACGAGGGAGAGACGACGACAACGACGGAAACAGGAAAUAGGCACGCCGAGCCUGCGCUCCCCGGACCCUCGGUACGAACGGUCGGUCUGCGUAAUAACCGCCUACUGGACGUUUUCACCUUGGCGAUCCUCCUCGGCGCGUGGCUCCACGCGACGUCUGCAUCAUACCCGUACAGCCGGGACGUAAUGCUUGGCGCCAUGCUGCUAAGCAUGACCAUUGCCAUCCACCUCACCGGCGACGCAAUCAGGGACAUGCGCAACGAGAACACGCCCACCUGGGCGUCCAUCAUCAACACGUCGCUGGGGAUAGCGGAGCUAGCGGUGGCAUGUCACUUUGCGCUCCAGAUCUGGAGCGAUCGGACGCCGACGUCCGGAUUACAUGGCGCUUCGGUCAUUGGUGCGAUACUCGCACAUGAGAUGUGGAACGCUGCUUGCUAG